UUCGCUCAAUUUUUUCCGCCAACCUAAAAUUUUUCAGUAUCGAAGAGAAAUGGGCUCUCUAAUGGGCGGAUGGAAUUCUCCCGUUCUCGAUCCCAAAUCAGUCAAGUUCAAGAGAAAUCGGUCACUUACGAAAGAAGAAAUCGAAGCAUACUGGAAAUCGAAGAGGAAAUUGGAGAAAGAACAUCUCAGAGCGGUUUCUUUGCCGGUGGACGAUCGUUAUGAUUGUGAAACAGUCGGAUUAGACUACAAAAGGUCGAGUUCGUUUCCGCCGGCGAAGGACGACGUUGCGGUGGAAGCAAAAUUUGUUGAGAACAAAAUGGACAGAAAAAACCUAGAGGAAUUGAAGAAAAUUGGCUGGUGGACGAGGAGUAAUUCGGCGUUUCUGAAUGAACCGCCAGUCCUCGACGGCGCUUCAAAAGCUUGCGUGUCGUUGUACGGCGUCGCCGACGUGGCGUCGUGUAAGUUGAAUCACAGCAAUGGAGUCGGUGCUUAGUAAUUACACUGAAAGUGUGAAAAAAAGAAAAGAAAAGAAAAGAGAACUUAAGAUAAGAAUAUAUGUAAAAUUAAUAUGAAUUAUAAACAUGUAUUAUAUAAUAUAUAUUUACUUAAUGUAAGAUUUCAGUGUUAUGUUUGGUUUGUAAUUUGGAUUUAAAUAUAUUAUAUAUAUAUAUAAACGAGAUGAUGAGGUUUUUAAUGAUGAAGAAAAGAGUUCGAAUGAA